AUGCGUUUGACUCCACUGCGCCAUGUCUUUUUUCUCGUCUCGGCACUGGCGUGGACAGCAUCCUUUGCGCGCGCUUCGGUUGUGACAUUCCCCGAGUCGCCCCCGAGUGGACAUGCGCAAGUCGUGCAAGAUAACUUUUUGGGUAUCUCGUUCGAACUGAGCUCGUUCGACACGUUAUGGGGCCAAACAAAAACGACCAUGCCAUCUGCCAUUCAAAAUUACCUCUCCAAUAUCCGUUCUCGUAUCACUAAUAACCUCCGCAUCCGCAUCGGUGGCAAUGGCAUGGAUAGUUCCACAUACGUCCCCGGUCAAACUCAGAUGGUCGUCCUGACCGACCCUAACGCGUACUUCAAUGAUAUCCCCGUUGAUUUUGGGCCAGUUUUCUUUGACGUGCUGAAUGCCAUGGCAGACGCGGUUGGAGAGAUGCAGUUCAUCAUCGGUCUGAGUAUGCAAAAUCCAAGCCAAGACUCGAACGUGAUCGAGCUUGCCACGGCAGCAGAGCAGAUGCUGGGAAGACGUUUGGACGCCAUGUUACUCGGAAAUGAACCGGACUUGUAUGCUGGCCACGGAACACGGGACGCCUACAAUCUGUCCACUUAUAUACCGGAGAUUCAGGAAGUCCUCAUUGAUAUGCAAAACUCGCCAGCCGGUAACCUAAUUUCGACACCCAUUAUCGGUGGACCCACUACAUGUUGCAGCUGGGACCUCGACGAAGUAAUUAACGCAGGUCUUGGAAGCCUCAACUACAAAUAUUAUAGUAUCCAGCAUUACCCUACAUACUACUGCAGUGGCCCCACAGAUGCCAACACGAACAUGUCUUACUUUCUCUCGCACACCAAUGUCCCUGCGUAUGUACAUUGGAACUCUGAGGGUGUUGAGAUAGCACAACGAUCAGGCGUGCCUGUCCUCAUCACUGAGUACAACACUGUUUCAUGCGGUGGUUCUCCGACAAUCUCCCCCACGUUCGCCGCGUCUUUGUGGGCAGUUGAUGCCGGUUUACAAUUCGCCGCCUCAAAUAUCACCGCAGCUUAUCUGCAUACGCGAGAAUAUGGGAUCACCUACAAUCUCUUUGAUCCUCCGUCAGCGAACACAUCCUCCGAUCCCAACUGGCGCACGGGCUCGCCUUACUAUGCGGCGCUUAUUCUAGCUGAAGCUAUGUCUCCCACCGGCAGCAUCGUCAUUGACCUCAACAUCGAUAACUCGACUACGAACGUCACGAGCCAUGUCGCGGGGUAUGGCAUUUACGAUGAGGGCGGAACGGCGCGCGGGAAACUGGUGUUGAUCAACUACUCCAACGAUACCGCGCACGAUUUCGUCAUUCCCCCAAACGUGACGACAGCCUUCGCUCUGCGGGUGCUUAGUGCGCCGAGCGUGAACGAAGAGACAGAGAUCGACUGGGCGGGGCAGACAGUGAGAACGAACGGCGAGUUGGACGGAAGCCAGACAACAAGUUACAUGGCAUGCCACGAUGGCUGUACCAUCACGGUACCGGGUCCUGGCCUUGUGCUCGCUUUGCUAGACCCGAACUCGUCGGCCACGGAUACAUUCUACACGGGCAAUUCCACAAUUGCGGGUGCUGUGGGAUAUAUCUCGGGGGCUUCAUCACUGGUCACAGAGUUUUCGAUGUUGUGGGCCAUGCUGUCCUGGUGCUUUAUCGCUUUGCUACUGGUAUUGUUCUGA